AUGCCUUACAAGUGCUGGGUACCUAAAUGUAAGGGUAAUUACGACAACGGACCAAAAGUUAAUAUCUUCAGGUUUCCUGAAAAUGAACAAGUGAAAGAGAAAUGGCAUAAGAAACAUCAAGAGAGAAAAUUUUCGUCCUACGGAGAAUCAUCGGUUUGUGAACAGCAUUUUCAUCCUGAUGAUAUUGUGAGGGAAACUUCUAUUGUGGAUGAAAAAACUGGGAGGAAAAUUACUGCAAAAUUAAAGCAUCCAUAUGUUAAAGAAAAUGCUGUUCCCACAGUGUUUCCAAACUAUCCUCAAUAUUUGAAACUAAAUGAACAUCGAAGAGAGUCACCCGAAUCUAAAAGACAAAGAAUAGAAGAGACAUCAGUCAAAGUAGCAAUUGAAAGUAGCAUAUCAGAUGCAAAGGCAUACGAAACGCAAAUUGGAUUUAGGGAUUUGCAAGAACUUUCGAGGAAACUUAAGCUGGAUAAGUACUGGGACAUAAUUCAUAAAGAACCUUAUCUCUUGAUCAGUCACAUAUCGCUUUCACCUUCUCCUAAUAUGAUGAUGUCGUACUAA